AUGUCCUGUAACUACUCCUCUUCCACCUUCCGCAUACCCCACUGCGGCUCUUCCCAGUGCACUAUCGCCAAAGCCUACUGUAAUAGCCUCUGCGCCUCUUCCUCUCCUCCCGCAUUCUGCGGUACCAACAACACUUGCGAUCUCAUUCCUCUCAACACAUUCACCCAAACCAACGACGCAGGGUACGUCGCAGAGGAUACCGUAGCUGUUCAGUCCGCAGAUGGUCACGUCAUCACGGAUCCUAACUUCAUCUUCUCUUGCGCUUCCAAAAAUGUCUUGUCCGGUCUCGCAACUGGGACCCAAGGCAUCGCUGGACUCGGUAGGAAUCGGAUUGCGUUACCGAUUCAACUCGCCUCGGCGUUUCACUUGACUCAGAAAUUCGCCGUCUGCCUUCCGAUGGCGACGACGAUAUCGAUUAGUGAAUCGCCGGCGGGCGUCCUACUUAUCGGCGAUGGCCCGUAUACGUUCCUUCCAAAUGUCAACGUGUCAUCAUCUCUGAUCUACACGCGGAUUAUGACCAAUCCGGUGAGUACAAGUGGAACCUCCUAUAAAAAAGAGUCAUCGGUGGAGUACUUUAUCCCCGUGAAUGCCAUUAAGAUCAACGGUAAAGAUUUGUCAUUCAAUUCAUCUUCAUUUUCGAUCCAUAAAAAUGGGUCCGGUGGAGUGAAGAUCAGUACAGUGGCGCCAUACACUACAAUGUCUCGCCCCAUCUACAAGGCCUUCACUAAGGCUUUUGUUAAAGCAGCUGAGGCUAUGAAUAUAUCCAGAGUAGCGGCGGUGGAGCCUUUUAAGGUGUGUUUCAGCACAAAGAAUGUGUUGAGUACGCGAGUGGGACCGGGUGUGCCAACCGUUGAUUUGGUAUUGGAGAAUGAGAACUCGACCGGGGUCGUAGAUUGGAUGAUCUUCGGGGCCAAUUCGAUGGUGCAAGUGAAGGAUGAUGUGCUGUGCCUCGGUUUCAUGAAAGCUAAUUCAACAUCAACGGUGACCACAAAACGAAAGGCUGCGAUCGUAAUCGGAGGGUAUCAGAUGGAGAACAAUCUUUUGGAGUUUGAUCUGGCUAAAUCAAGGCUAGGGUUUAGUUCUUCCCUCCUGUUCAGCCAAACUACCUGUGCUAACUAUAACUUCACAACAACAGCCUAG